CGAGACCAUUAAGGCCUUAGGCCACCAAGGAAGAAGAAGAAAUAAAAAGUUGGGUUAUGUCGCUGUAAAUUCAAAAAUUUUACUAAAAAAUAUGUUUAAACAGGUUGUGCAUAAGUUUAGAGGAUUAAAUAGGGUGCCAAACUAUAAAAAUAACAAUAUUCUGUGUAAAUCACGAUGCAACAACGUUUUUAACACUACUUUUAGGGGUUUGUAUGUAACAUCACAUUUAAAGGCUAAAUUGUUUGUAGAAACAGAAAAUCUGUAUGCUUACGGGCUCCUCAACAGUAAACUAUACGAUAAUACUGAAAUAAAAGUAGAGAAAAAUGUCAAAACAUUUGAGGAAUUUAACGAAUCACUUAGUAAACCUUACAGAACUUCGUCUGCUAAUAUUAUAGUGAAUACGUUUAAAAAUGUAAAGGAUUUUUGUGUAAAGAAUAAUAUUACCCUGUCAGAUAACAGGUUUGAUAAUUUAGUGGAUGGUUUAAUGGAUCAAUGUGAGAAUUUAAGUACUUCUGAGUUGUACGAUCUUUUAAUGACAAUAUCAGAGAUGCCACAGUGUGAGUCUUACUCUAAUCAUAACUACCACGAUGUUUGGAGCUGUUUGGACGACGUUUGUAUAUGGAAAAUGAAGGAUUGGGAUGUCCCUACAAUGUUUAAAUUUGGUGAUAUAUGGUUUAAAAUGAACUUAGGUAAACUAUGUGAGUACAUAUUUGAGGUACUUGAUUAUCUACCCAAACGAGCAGAUAAAUUAACCAAAGAUGAGCUAGUCCAUACUUUUUUCCUUCUUAAUAUAUGCCGACGAAAAAAAGUCAGUUUUGAGUUUGAAUAUGCCUUAGAAAACCUAAUAAAUGAUAUGACUAUAGAAGAUAUGGCAGUUGUUAGUUUAGGUUAUUUUAAAUCACAAAGCACAAUUAAACUAUUCAGUAUUAUAGAUGCAAUGUUGAUUAAAUUAAUUGAGGAACAUAAAACUAUACAUGAAAUUAGUUUAACAGCGAUUUUAAAGGCUAUACGACUUACAAGGCCUGGUAAAGUUGCUUCCAACAUUUUUAAAGCUUUGGAUGUUUUAUCAGAUGAAACCGAUCGAUUAUCGAAUUUGGCGGUGUUACACAUAGCUUUAACAGGCACUAGUAUCAUGAGCUUUCAUAAAAAAUCGCUACAGAAAGCUGCCGAAAGAAUACUAAAAGAUAUAAACGACCCAAACAAGGUCCGUCUAAAAGAUAUAGAAAGAAUUUUAAACGGCUUGGCUAUGUUCGAUUUUGAACCAAAAACAGAUAGAGAUAUAUUUACGGCAGCCCUAGAAGAACUGGAAAGUCCGCAAAGGGAAAAUGAAAUAAUGAAAUACCCAAGAUGUCUAAUUUGUGCGUUAAACUUUCUUGGUUUAAGAAACAUUUACUCAUAUAAACUAAUGGAUAAAUUUCUGGAUUUGGAAGUAAUGGAGACCUGUUUUGGUAAAGGGGCUAGAAAUGUACCAAGAGAACUCUUCGUUUUAGACCGUUCAAUAGACAUAGAAUGUCCAGACUAUAUCGGUAAUAGAUUGGCGCCAAAAUUGUUGUACAAAGCUGCUAAAUGGAAUACGGAUUUUGUCCCUACUUCCGACCAAUUUAAAAAAAUAAACUCGGCCGAAAAGUUGGUGUUGGAUACAAUUGAUACCGUGGAAACAAUUAUAGGAAAUAAAGCUUUGAUAUUGGUUGAUCAUGUUUUACCACAAUAUGCUAAAGCAGAUAUAAUAAUUUGUAAGGAUAAAAAAUCGAAAAAGUUCACAAAACCAAUAGGUUUUGAAAAUUAUACUUUAGGAGAUAUAAUGAAGCCUCAAAAAAAUGAAAAUUUAACUCAUUACGCAGUUGUUAUAGUGGGUUGGAACCAAACUAUAAGAGAAACUAGUUUUUUGUUGGGACAAAUGUUGAUGAAAAAGAGGCAGUUGGAAAAAACUGGAUAUGUACCAGUUUUUGUAAUUUGGAACGAAUUCAUAAAUCUGACACCAAAACAAAAACAAAUGUACCUUGAAUGUAAGCUUAUAUAAAUAAAAACAUUUUUUUAACUGAG